AUGGAAUCUCUGCGAGACAACGUGGCCAGAGCUCCAGUUUGCUUCCUGUUCCUGGCUCUGGCUGCAGGCUGUGUAGAUGCCUUUGGGAAAGGCCAGGACUCCGAGAAAAUGCGAGGCCUUCUGCGGCUUUGGGAGGCAGAGUCGCGAGGGAUGGUCGAGGAAAUCGUGGUGCCCGACUUUCUGAGCUGCAGCUUCGACGGCAGGUGGGCGGCGAUACGGCUUGAGAUGAUUGCUGCUGUGCAGCACAUGCCCGAGGGGCUUCCCAGAUUUCCUGGAUCCUUUGCUGACCUUCCAAAGUAUCCCUGGCUGGAGAAUCUCUUCUCUGUGGCAAAAGAGAUCGAAGAUGAGACUGUCUAUCACAGGCACGACAAUGGCAAUUGGCAUCUUGCCGGGGAUUUUCAUGGGAUCAAAAAGCGAGCACUGCAGCCCAAACAUCUGCAGCCGGAGACCUGGUCCUGCUUCUUUGGUUACAUUAGCAUCUUCUACAUCGUCGCGUGGUGGUACGCUUUGAACAUGGAUAGGAACGAGGCGACCUUGUACCUACAAUUGAUUUCACAACUGCUCAAGAAGGGGCAGGUUGAUUGGACCGAGCAUUCUGGCUGGCCCAUCACCUCUUGGAGUGUCUACCUGAACAUACAGCGCAUGAACGCCGGACUGCCAUUCGCGCCUCUUCCGGCAGAGCCGCCUCCUGUCCAUCCGUUGUCGCACUUGGUCCCCCCGGUUUGGCCUCCGCCGGCAGCCUGGCGAAGUCAGGCCCCCAAGCAAGCGCCGAGUCUCGUGAGCGCUUUCUUCCUCGCCAUGCAUGUGCCCCCUUUCAGCGACUUGCUGACCUUUCUGGAGGACUGGUGGCAGCGGGGAACUGGAAGGCCGCCUUCCGGAGGCGCCGCAGAUGCCGCAGUGAAGAUCUACUCGCAUUACAUGGGCUUUCCGGAAUGCUGUCCUGGCGUGGGCCGGGCUUGCUCUGAGGAGGCCUUGGAAGCCGCCAAGCCGAGGCAGAAGGACUGGAGGAUGCCCUACUGCUCUCAGGACGAGCAGCUCUUUUCCUUGAUAGGCAUGCAAGGGAUUCAUGAUCACAGCCAGGGCCAGUGGGAAGGCGCUUAUCGCAACCAUGGCCAUGAACAUUGGGCGGAUGUGAAGAGGCAGUUUGCUGCCAAGUACUACAACUGGCUCGACUCCCACGUGGAUCUCUUCCUUUGUGGCCAUCCGCUCUUCUGGUGCACGCUCUUCGAGGACCUGCUGCGCGGCAACCGGAAGAAGUCCAUGCUCGCCGUCUAUGACCAGCCGCCUUUCUUCUUGGUGCCUGAAGAGGCUGAGGAUGAUUUUGUGGCCAACUUGAGAGCGUUCGCGGACCCUGAAUUCCGAAACGCCGUCGUGGUAGGCUUUGCUCCUUUCUUCAGCCGCCAAUUCGAAUGGCUAGUCGGUCGCAAGAUUCCCCACAGUCGCCCGAUUGCCUUGGCCGUGCGAGAUGUUUGGCAGCCACUUCAACCAGACUCUGUUCUCUUCUCUACCUCGAUCGAUUAUGAAGCAAUCGCAGUUUUCUUCCGCUACGCAGAAGAGAAUGUUAUUCUAGAUCCCAGCGGCUUGCACCUGAAAUUCCUGGAGUGGGGCUUGAAUGCGUAUGCCAAGAAUGAGCAAGGGCGCAUAGGUCUCGAUUACGAGACCCCGAAAUCGCAGAUUGCACAGCUUCGCUGUGUCGUCGUUACGCCGUAUGACUUCGCCCACCUGAAGCUGGCUGAGUUCAAGGCCAUGGGGAUGCCGAUGUUCAUGCCAAGACAGCUCUGGAAAUGGACCACCAGGUGGUCACAGAUGAUCGCACGCCCCGCCGGCCGAAACGCCUCGAAGUUCACGGAAGCUCGCUCGCGGCCCCCAGGAGAGUGCUACGCCGAUGCCGAGCUCCGAGAGGAGGAGCUGCCGAUGCCAACUCUUCCAGAGUCCUUCUACCGAGACCCGUGGGGUUUCCUUCCCGACGUCGGCCCAUGUGCCGAGGCAUUGUCGCAGUGGGAUGAGGACUAUAGGGGACCCUUUGGACGAUCUCCCUUCCAGCUUUUCACCAUCGACCGCAGGGAUUUGCAACCCUUAGACGGCACACUCUUCUGGUCGCAGUGGAGCGAGAUGUCCCUGCUGCCCUACACGAUCUACUUCGAUUCGGCAGCGCACCUCAUUGCCUUGCUGCGGCUUUUGCCGCUCGAGGCCUUGAUGGACGUCUCGCGGGCGACGCGGCAGUGGCACCGUCAAGAAGCCUAUCAGGUCAUCGAGUUCUGGCGUGCACUCACAACAGCUCUUCUCGCAGGUGAUGCUGCAACCUUCAAGGGAGCUCUGCCGUUUGGGUGA